UUGAUGUUUCUUGCAGACAGCUGGUCAUUUGCAUUCUGUCACAGAGAGGUUGAGGCCACUUGGAGAUUCGCCUGUGCCCUCAACAUCAUCUGAGUAGUGCAAAUGGGGGUAUAGCUCAGACCGUGGACCAGACUAUGGUCCAUCACUGUCUGAUGGGCAUUGAAGUCUUGAGAGGUUUCCUGAUAAUGCAUCCCUUCCCUUCCACAUGAGCUGAAUUGUUAUGCUAGCAAUGCUGCAGUCAGGGGAGCCCUCCUGAUUUUGGAUGAUUCCUUUUCACUUUCAAAACAUUGUUUGUGUUGUACCGUGGUCUAUUCGUUCGUGGCAUUUUCGCAUAAAUCAUGCUUGUUUGGCCCUUCUUUCCUUUUCUUCCUCCAUAGCGAUCUCUUCUUCUUUCCUUUUUCCUUCCACUCUUUCUUUUCUUCUUACUUUUGAAAGAAAUUUACAAACUAUGGCUCUUAUACUUUUACAUAUACAAAUCUAGGAGUUAAUCUCAUGGAAUGAGAAGAUAGGUAUAGAAGAGACUUUUCAAUCUCCAUCCCCCACUGACCAACAAUAUUUAUAUACUUUCAGUGUGAGAGUUUCCUGACAUCAAAGCAAUUCCCAUUAUUUUAACUAAGAAUACUUUGUUGUUGGCCCAGAUACACAGCUAACAUUCUGAUUUUUUUCCCAGAGAACAGUUGAGGAUGGGCCGCUGCAGCUUAUUGACGUACAGAGACCAGAUGGAAGACAAGACAGAAGCUCAAGACAUAAUGAAGCCUCAAAUGAUUGUUCAGACAAAAACCGAAAAACUGGAAGGAGAUCUGAAGAGAGUGAGGGACCAGAGUUAUGUAAAAAUUAGUUCAGAGGAAUCUGGGCAGCUGGAGAAACUGAGGCGAGAAACUGAGAGACUCAGCUGCAAGGCUCAGAAAGAAGCUGUAGAGAAAGAGCUCCUACGAGAGAAUAAUGACCUUAAAGAAGAACUUUAUAGAAAGAUAGCAGUGAUGUCGAAACUGACAGUAGAAAAUGAAGAGAUUCUGAUGGUCAUAAACAUUGAACUUACUGAUGAGAAAGAGGAGCUCUCCAGAGAUUAUGACGAAAUACUGUGCAGAGAAGAACAGCUGAGGAUGGGCCGCUGCACCUUAUUGAUAUACAGAGACCAAAUGGAACACAAGACAGAAGCUCAAAACAAAAUGAAGCCUCAAAUGGUGGAAUAUCAAUUGAACCAGAAAUGGCUUAAAGCUUCAGUAGACAAAAUAAAAAAAUCAAAGGAACCUGGGCCAGAUAUACUGAGGUGGCUGCAGAAAUCUUUCAAACUCCUAAAAGAGGAUUCCUCUGAACGGUCAAAACACAUCCUGCCAGAAUGGCUUAAAGCAUCUGCCACCAACCUCCCGGAGGAAUGUGCUGAGGCAUCCAGGGUGGACAUGAAUGGUUGGCUAGAAGCAUCGAUAAAUCAUCUCCAGGAAAAAAGGCCAGAAACGUGUGAGUUAGAUGUGGAGGGAUGGCUUGAAGCAUCUAUUAUAGGCAUUCAACAUCUACAAAAGUUCAAGUAAGAGUCUCGAAGACGGGAAAAAAAAGGGAUUGCUUGAAACAUCAAUAGAAAACUUCAAGAAGCAAUGUCCUGAAGAAUCUGUGGUGAAUAUUAGAAUGACUUUGAGGAUCCUUGAAAAACAUGCAAGAGGAAGGUCCUGAUAUAUCUAAACAAUUUGGGUGCUUGGCAAUUGGCAUGUAUUUAUAGCGGUUGCAGUUCCACAGGUCAUAUGAUCUCUAUUUGCAACUUACUCUUCCAGCUUCUAACAAGCAAAGUCAAUGGGGGAAGCCAUAUUUGCUUGUUAACAACAUUGUUGUCACUUAAGAACCAUGGCAAGAGAAAUUUUCUGACAGUGAGAGCUAUCAAUGAGUGGAACAGCUUGCCUUCCGAAGUUUUGGAAGCUUUAUCAUGGGAAGCUUUCAAGAAGGUACUCAACUGCCAUCUGUCAGAAAUGGUGUAAGGUCUCCUGCUUUUGGGGGGGGGGGCGGUCCCUUCCCACUGUUAAUCUCUCUGAAAAUCCCCUAGCAUUUUUGGAUUUGGCUUGGUCUAGGAUGGUCACAGUUACCCAAUUGAAACUAUAGUUGAGACUGUGUAUGUGUUGUAAGAUUAAGGGGGUUUUGUGUGUAUGUGUCUUCUGACUGCCAGUUGGUGUUAAUGGAUGCAGUCUGCCUCUCUGUCCUGCAUAGCACCUCUUAUUCCGCAUGUCGUAGAUGGCCUCUGGUUUGUCUUCUUAAGCAACUUAGUUGGUUUGGGUUUUAUGGUGAUGCACCAUAAACAAUCUCAAUGAGCAACUGGAACAAAUCCAAAAAUGUUGACACUGUCAUGACUCCAUCUCUAAGCCAAAAAAAAAAAGGAAAACAAAAUUCCAAAUCAAACUACUCAAGCUAAACUCCAGAAACAAAGAGACAAAUGAGCCCAAAUGAGUAGUCAACACAUCCAGUUGACCAUUCUCUACUGGAAAGCACAAUAUGCCAGAAAGGCCUGAACUAUAACAUAUACAAUGCUAAUCAGUCAGAGUUCUUUGCCGUUUUAGAAUCAGUAUUUAAAACCACAGAACUUCUUGCCCUGGAGAUCCAAGCAAACAAAACCCAGGCAAUCAUACCAGAGACCAAAAGAACCAAGAAUCGGAACUCAUUCAAAGUAGAUGACAGAGCAGCCAAAAACAUAAAGGAGGACCAAACUAUUCCCCUCCUCCCAAUGAACUAAGGCCGAACCAUAGGUAUUGUACACAAAACACAAUCCACAUAAAAACCCAAACUAUUACCAGCACCACUCUUGAGACUGCUUCUCCUUUUCCCUUUCUCCUUUUCUUUGGGAUCUUUUUUAUUUGGUUUCAGUUCAUUCUUCCCGGCAACUGUCUUUGUCUCUGCUUCCUGGCUGUUGUUGCUUCUCUUACCAUUAAGACUUUUUAUUCCUAAUAGUCAUAUCAUGAUGUCAUGUCCUACACUCUGACACAAUAGCAGUGUUGAUUUUUUAGAUAUAAUUUUCUUUCAGGUAUUUGAAAAGUAUUAUUACGUCUCUCUCCACUGUCCCUUCCAACAGCCACAUUGUGCAGGAAAUCUCCCUGGAGGAUAUAACUCAGGUCACGUCACGUGUAAGGAAGGGCUGUCUGAAUGCAACGAGUUCCCAAGACUUCCCUUAAUUCAUCAUCUUCUGUUACACUCAAAUUGCUACAAUCCAAGAGAUUGAUUCCCCUUCCCAGUCAGCUGACAUAGACGGGAUGCAAAUUCCUCAUUUAUUGGGAUCAGCUUGAUUUUGUUGUUGGGCAGUAGUGACACCUCUUUAUUUAAGAGAGUGAUGUGGACACCCAUCUUAUACACAACAUCCCUGAUGGGGAUGGGUCACUGCAUAACAAUAAAAUAUAAAAACCAACAGAAUGAUAGUAACCACAAACUGUACAUCGUACGAAGCCAUUCUUCUCCCAUGCCUUCUGAACUGUAGUCUCAACCUACCCUUGGGGAAAGAACCAGCUGCUUGCACUGUCCUCAUCACCCAGAAGGGGAUGGAGGAAGGGUGCUGGUUCUCAUAGAUAAUCCUCUUUCACAGGGCAGGGCAGCUUUGUGCUAACUGGGUCUCACUGGGUGAGAACACUUAAGCGAGUGGGCCUGGAGGGACCCACCCUAUCUAUCAUGUACCCCCAGAGAGAGGCAUGUAUCCUGGCUCUGUGCUAUUCAUGGCUUGAAAAAGGAUAACCAGCACUUUAUAUUGCGCCUGAGGAAAAAAUCGCAGCAAGACUAGCUGUAAAGCCCGUUGCAUGACUCCAACUGUGAAAGGACCAAUUGUGACAGACUGUGAGCAUUCCUCUCAGUCCAAAAACGGCUGCAGGAGAUAGCUCUGUGCAAAGGCAGUUACCAGCCGCUUCUCGAGCAAUAGUUGUGAAUCCAGAGAAAACCCAAAUUGCACAGCGGCUGUUUCUCGGGGAGCGCUUACCCCACUGAGAGUCAGGGUUGAGGUGGGUGGACCCCGUUCUUCCCUAGGCUGAAAUUCAAAGCCUCCAAGCACUGUGUAAGCAUAUGAAUAGCAUGGUAUGAGUGUCCAGGGUUUGUUGCUGCUCCUUUAUAAUAGCAACAGUAGAUGAAACCAUUAGGUUAGGACAUUUGCCAGGAGGGGGUAUAGUACAGUAUUAUGUGGCCCUUUGCGAGCUUUUUUCUUUCAGCUUAACCUAGAAUGAAAGGAAUGGGAAGCUUUCUUUCCUGGUAGCCCAAAACUAGCUGUCUUUGUUGUAGAAUCAGCAAGCCAGCCCAGAACUCUGGUUUCUAGAAAAUGUCUUGGGAGGAAGGCUGCUCCUGGCAUGGAGACGAUGUGCUCCAUUUCACAUGGGGAUACAGUUGAUUUCUGGUGAAAGCCUGGUUUGCAAGUGAUCCUAGUCUCUUGGCACAGUAAAUAGUAAAUUGGUUUAGGUAUCUCCUUUGUUUGCUUGUAAAUGUCCUUUGUUAUUGAACGUAAAUAGAUCUGAUAUGAUAAUAUGCUUAUGUGUCUCUCUGUGUGUUUUUCGCCAAGGAUCAGGCAAUGGCCCAAGAGCUGAAUAAGUGGCUCUUUGGGAAUCCAAACACAAUGAACACACCAGUUAAUGAGGAGAUUUCAGGGUUUAUUAAGUACCUGUAGAAGGCAAAUUAAAUAGAAGAAACAAUCAGGUCUUAGAAGACAUUUCCCUUCUCAUCCAAGAAGCUUCUUCAGCUCUGAUUGGAUGGU